CCUCCCACCCCCUCCUACAUCCCCUCUCCUUUCCCUUCUUUGGUAGAGAGCUUCUUGUUCCAGGGUUUCGGACUCCCUUCCCCGAUCUCUCUUCUUGUUUCCUUCUCCCAACCCGAAAUCCCUUCUUGGGGUUCAGAAGAUCGCCAUUUUCUUCGUCACUGGCUUAGAGUAGGAUCGAUUCUUAGAGGUGUUCUCAUGGCUUCCUGCCCUCAUAGUAUGGAUGAAUCCGCCGAUUGCUUCUGCCCGGCGACCAUGUUGCUGAGGCUUCAGAGCUGUCUGACCGCUCGAAAGCACCUCCAAGAACGCAUCUCUUCCCUCGAAUACAACCUUAACCACAAGAAAAGUCUCCUAGAGAAACACAAGUUUGAUGCUAGAACAUAUGACGACGCGCUGAAGAAGUGCAUCGAGGACAGGGCGGCGCUGGAAGCAAAGUGCGCCAGUUUGGAGAAUGAAUUGAUGAUAUUGACGAUGCCCUGGGAAGAGUUGGCAAAGACUGAAGAAAGCACAUUUGCCAAUGAAUCAAAGAGAUUGAGGCAUGUCAAGCUGGAGAAGAAACUGGGGCAGACUGAUGUGAGCAUGAGCACUGAGCAGUUGAAGAACUCCAACAAGGAGAAGGAGAUGAUAGCAUCCGCGGGCAUCCAGCUGGAUAAUUUGAUGGAAAAUAAAUUCUUGGAUUAAAGCUUAAAGACAAGAAAACGGUGAAAACAGCAAUCCUUAAUUUGAGAAGAAAAUACAAGAACGAAAAGGGCAUAGUAGUCGGGCAUUGUUUUGUUAAUAUAUUAUUUCCAUUCUUCUUUGACUUGAGGGUGACAGUAUGCACAUUGAGCAACAUUUUGCAACACCCCAGCUUGGAUCUACUGAUGCCACUUUUGGUAACAAACUUGCUUGAUCAUUUUCAUUUUAUAGGAACAUUUAUUAUCUGUCUAGGCAGAAGGUACUCCAUCAAACUUUUUAGAUGAUUUUCAUGUAUAAUACAAGAUUAUUAGAUGUUCUGUAUGUAGGAUAGGGAAGGUGAUGAUAGACUUCAAAAAAGAUUCUCUUUUAUGCAACACUGUAUUUCUAUAAGAACAUAGAACAUGACUUUGAAACAUAGGUCUCUACCCGACUCACAUGUUUUCCUUGUCGAUUAGGUGUUACCAUCCUUCUCAUUUCCUUCAAAGUGAGGGGCUUUUCCUUAGUAGAGAUAGCCUGUCAUUCCCUGUUUGGAGCCACCAGGCUCCAACACCACAAACAUACAUUGAGAGAGUUGACCUUCAUUAAGGCUUAUAUUUUCCUUAUUUUGUAUGUAUAGUUGUUUAUGAUAUUACUAGAUGAUGCCAAUCAGCACGUCUGUUACCAUAUUUGUCUUGUAUCUGUGAACUAUAUGUGGUAUUUUAUUUAUAUCAGUGAACUAAGCCAAUCAUUGGCCUUUAGAUACUUUGUCUAGUUGUCCUUUGAUGGUGUUCAGUGGUUCAUUCAAACUUGGACAUGUUAUGUCCUUACGCUAUAUUUGAGUCUUGGUUUUGUGAUCUUGUAUGUCUAGAGGAUUCUCAUUCUAUACUGAUGCUCAAAUGAUAAAUUUUCAGAACCAAGAAACCUGAUUUUUCAUUGCUGAUAACUUUUUCGACUUUUUGUACUUAUCCUUGGAAAAUUAUUAGUUGAGCACUACAGCUAUAGAAUGUAAUAAUAUAGUUAGAGGAUUUCUGAGUUUUCUUCAGAUAUUGACCAUAGUUGUGUAUGGCUUCCUUUAUCCUACAAUGGAAUAUGACUUAAAUUUAACCCUAACAUGCACUAGUCUACCGGUUCCGUAUCAAGUGACUUAAGUUUAAUCCUGAAAAUGCAUUGAACAUGGAUGGUCCUUAAUAGCCUGAGUCUGAAAAGGAUCUAGACUGAUUCUAAAAAUGUUCUUCUCUAUUGUAUUUCUGUUGCUUGUAUGUUUGAAGCAAAUUUACAGCUUCUAGAGAAAGUUGUACUGAAGGUUGAGUUCUUGUAAAUUCUCCACUUGUAUGCUUUUGAAAGUUAGCUCCUCUUUGUCGUGGAUUUGAAACUGGUCCCAAAUGUAAUAUCGUUCUGCAUGAUUUAAAGGAGAUGACUUUGUUUCUUUCUCGUAGUUCUUAGAGAAGAUAUAAGAUGCAGUGUUUCUUCAUUUCCAUAUAAAUUUUUUCCUUUGGAUAUGCUAUCUUGAUUCUGUUUUUGAUUUAGUUGUGGUUUUGACACCAAGGAAUGGAACUUUAGCAAUUUGCUCAUGUUUUUCAAUAUCUCUCCUUUUCCCCCUUCUACUAUGACUUGCAUUUCUUAGAACUUGUAUGUUUUGCUGGAGAUUUGUACAUUAUCCAGACAAGAAAAUUGCCUGCUGAGUUUGCAUCCUUGGAACAUGAUUUAGAAAGUGUGAUUAUCAAUUUCAAAAGUGCUGGAGAAGAAGUAUGAUGAUGGGAAUGCUUGUAUCCUUUUGAUGAAUAUAGACAUUGGUCUACCGGUUCCCAUAUCAAGUGACUUGAAUUUAAUCCUGAAAAUGCAUUGAUUAUGGUCCUUAAUGGCCUGGAAAAGAAAAAGACCUAGGCUGGUACUGAAAAAAUUUCCUGUGUUUUAUUUCUGUUGCUAGUAUAUUUGAAGCAAAUUGACAGGUUCUAGAUAAAGUUGUACUGAACGAUUCGUUUCUUAUAAAUUGUCCACUUCUAUGCAUUUGAAAGUUACCUCCACUUUGUCCUGGAUUUGAAAGGGGUCACAAAAAUACUGCCAUUAUGAAUGAUUUAAAGGAUAUAUUUUGUUUGUUUCCCCUAGAUCUUAGAGAAGUUAUAAGAUAUAGUGUUUGACCAUUUUCAUUGAAUAUUUUCCUUGGAUAUAUGAUCAUAAUUCUGUUAAUUUAGUUGUAGUUCUUACAUCAGAGAAUGGAACUUUAGUAGUAUUUGCUCAUGUUCUUCAACAUCUCUCCUUUUUGCCCCCUUCCUACUAGCAUUUCUUAAAAAUUGUUUGUUUUGCUGGAAAUUUGUGCAUUAUCCAGACAAGAAAAUUGGCUGUUGAUUUUGCAUCCUUCAAAAAUAGAGUUAGAAAGCAUGGUUAUCAGUCAGAAGAGCUGAAGAAGA